CAGUUUAUUAUUAGCCAUUAAUAUAUAGCAUCUUAGAACGAUUCAUGUACUUUUACAAGGUUAUCGUUGUAAUUACUGAUAUUUAUUAAAUAUACACAAUGCCACGUCGAAACCGCCAUAAAAAAACUCCCCUUAUUGGGGAAGACACCAGAAUUGCGGUAAAUUUAACACUGAAAAAACUAUUAGAAAGUCCUGACCAAAAGGAAUUAGAAUUUCCAUCUUCGUACACUGCAGAAGAAAGGGCCUACAUUCAUAAACUAGCAUAUGAACUUGGGUUAAAAUCUAAAAGUAGAGGUAAAGGUACAAAUCGCUUUUUAACUGUGUACAAGAGAGAAGGAUCAACCAUAGUUCAAGCUGAUGCUGUAAUAAAAUUACAAAAAGCAUCCAGACAAAGUAUUUACAACUUACUACAAACUUUUCCAUUAAAUCAUAAAGAAUGUCAGGAUUUAUUACCACCAAUUGAAAGAGAACGACCUCUUAACACAGAUGUUUCAGUGAAUACCAAUACAAAAGCAAUGGGUCGAUUAAAUAACAGUGUGGCACAAGUCCCACAAUUGAAAACUAAUUUUGAUGUAGUAAACUACCGCAAAGCUCUUCCAGUUUAUAGCUGCAGAGAAAAUAUUCUUGAUGCUUUAAAUUCUAAUUCAGUAGUCAUAAUAGGAGGUGAAACAGGUAGUGGUAAAACUACCCAAGUUCCUCAAUUUAUUCUUGAACACUGUCAACAAAGGCAUCAACCUUGUAGAAUUAUUUGUACUCAACCAAGAAGACUGUCAGCUGUUUCUGUAGCUGAAAGAGUAGCAUUUGAAAGAGAUGAGAAAAUUGGUCAAACGUUUGGUUAUCAAAUAAGGCUUGAGAGUAGAGUUGCUCCAAAAACUCUUUUAACAUACUGCACAAAUGGUGUAUUACUUAGAACUCUUAUGGCAGGUGAUUCUGCUUUAAGUACUGUCACACAUAUUAUUGUAGAUGAAGUUCACGAACGUGAUAGAUUUUGCGACAUUCUUUUAAUAGCACUAAAAGAUGCAUUGCAAAAGCAUAAAACUCUUAAACUUAUACUUAUGAGCGCCACAUUAGAUGUCAACAUUUUUGCAAAAUAUUUCAACAAAUGCGCAGUUGUAAAUGUUUUAGGUAGAUUGUUUGAUGUCGAUAUAUAUUUUCUUGAAGACGUUUUAAAAAUAACUGGAUACAUGACAAAGGAAAUGCUUUCAAAAAGAAAAGAAUUUAUGAAUAAAAAAGAUCAACGUAAAGUUUUAGAAAAUUGGACUCAAUAUAAGCCACAAAAAUCAGGAUCAAAUACUAUAAGUGAAAGAUGUGUAUUGCCAGCUCCAAUUUUGGUGCAACAAAAUGAACCUCUUCCAGAAAAGGUGAAACUAGAACCGUGGCUAAUAGAAGAAAUGGAUAAAAGUAUUUCUGAGGCAUGGUUACGCGGAGGUGAAGAUAAUUUCGCCCAACUUUUAUACUUCAUACUUUCCGAGAAUGUUUCUGUAGACUAUCAACAUUCCACGACAUCUGUAACUCCGCUAAUGGUGGCUGCAGGUAGAGGAUGUAUAAAUACUACAGAACAGCUUCUAAAUUUAGGUGCAAAUUUAAAUUUACGAGCUGGUAAUGAAUGGACUGCAUUAGAUUGGGCAAGGAAUAUGAAUCAAACUGAAUGUGCUGAAUUAAUAGAAGCAUAUAUGAAAACUUAUGAUUGUACAGUACAAGAUGACACAGCAACACAUGCCAAAGAUGCUUCACUCUCAGAAGAAGAUAAACUUUUAUUGGAUGUAUAUCAUCAUACAUUUGAUGAUGACAAAAUCAACUAUGAUCUCCUUAUGCAAUUAAUUCUGCAUAUUCAUUUAAAGAUGCCUCCUGGUUCCGUUUUAAUAUUUUUGCCAGGAUAUGACGAUAUUGUAACCAUGAAGGAAAAGAUAAAUAAUGAAGAAAAAGAAAUGAAUCAAGGUUUAAGAUACACUUUGUAUGUGCUUCACUCAAACAUGCAAACAUGUGAUCAAAAAAAAGUAUUUAAACCAAGUUCUGUGGGAAUGCGCAAAAUUAUUCUUUCAACGAAUAUAGCUGAAACAAGUAUUACUAUUGAUGAUGUUGUAUAUGUUAUUGAUUCAGGAAAAGUUAAAGAAAAAUCAUUUGAUGCAAUAUCAGGAGUGUGUACACUUAAAUCCAGUUGGAUUUCUCAGGCUUGUGCGAAACAGCGUAAAGGUCGAGCAGGAAGAUGUAGAAAAGGCAUUUGUUAUCGUCUAUUUUCCUCAAUUCGAUACAAUAGCAUGCAACCCUAUCAAAUUCCAGAAAUUUUAAGAUUACCUCUACAAGAACUAUGCUUGUACACAAAACAUCUAGCUCCGGGAAAUACACCUAUCGCAGAAUUCUUAGAUCGAGCAUUGGAACCACCAUCUAAUGUAGUAACAAGAAAUGCAGUUCAAUUAUUAAAAACGAUCGAUGCAUUAGACCCAUGGGAAGAUCUCACUGAAUUAGGAAGUCAUUUACUUGAUUUACCAAUUGAGCCACGACUUGGGAAAAUGUUACUGUAUGCUGUUGUUUUGAAAUGUUUAGAUCCAGUCCUAACUAUUGUAUGCAGUUUAGCAUACAAGGACCCUUUUGUUCUACCUUUUCAACCAUCACAGAAAAGAGCUGCAACCGCGGCUCGUAAGAGGUUUGCUACCAAUACGUAUUCUGAUCACAUGGUAGUUUUACGUGCUUUCCAAGGUUGGCAGAAUGCACGUGCAAGCGGUAAAGAACGCGCGUUUUGCGAACAAAAUUUUAUUUCUGCUGCUGUGAUGGAGAUGGUAGUUGGAAUGCGUACUCAACUUCUUGGUCAACUUCGUGCUUCUGGGUUUGUUAGGGCAAGGGGACCAGGAGAUAUUAGAGAUUUGAAUUCUAAUUCUGAAAACUGGGCUGUAGUGAAAGCUGCUUUGACUGCUGGUUUAUAUCCAAAUCUAAUAAGAGUAGAUAGAGAGCACUUGCAACUAAGAACGCAGAAAGAAGUGAAAGUAUUUUUCCAUCCAUCAUCAACCUUAAGAGAUUAUCCUAAAUCAGCAAGAAUGAUAUCCACUCAAACAUAUGCAGCCAAUGUAGAAACUUUACCUUGUGAUUGGUUACUUUAUGAAGAAAUGAGUCGUACAGGACGAUUCUGUCACGUUAAAAUGGUUACUUUAGUUAAUCCAUUAACAGUGGCUUUGUUCUGUGGGCCAGCAAGAUUAUCUGUAGACGUAAUUUAUGAGGCUGAAUCUGUACCAGAAAGUGAAUCUGAUUCUGAAGUUGAUGAAAGUAAUGAAGGAACGAUUUUUAAGCUCGAUGAUUGGGUAGUAUUUAAGCUUGAUCCAGAAACUGCCCGAUUUUUCUUACAUUUAAGACAAAAAUGGAAUGCUUUAUUCUUGAGACGUAUGAAAACACCAAACAAAGCUAUGUCACAAUUAGAUGAAAAAGUACUGAGUACCUUAGUCAAUGUAAUUACAAAUGAAGAACAAGCAUGUGGCUUACAACAGCCGUCUGGAAUUGGUCAAAGACCACGCCCUUUAAUUGUUGACUAUUAUCCUGCCAAUGCUAGGAGAACAGACGACUUUGUAGAGAGGAGUUUUUAAAUUCGAAAGGAAGAAGAAUAUUUUAUUAAGUAUAAUCUAUAAGAGAUAUUUCAUUCUCUUGGUUCCUAUGUGUGACUCGUUGCUAAAAUGUAACGAUAUUCCUGUAUCUAAAUAAAUUUCUCGAAAUUUGAAUAGGUUGCUUUUGAAAUAG